AUGAAUUCAACGAAUGGGACUGCAGUAUGCAUUAUCGAAGCCAAUCCCGAUGUCAGUGGAACAGGAAUUCGAGUAUCAAUAUACGCUCUCGCGUUAGGAGGGCGGAUUCUCCAGUUCCUCAUUUCUCAAAUUGCUCGGCCGGAAGAUUGUAGAGAAUUUAGAAGCGCCGUGGACAGCGCCCUCGGCGUCCAAGGACUUGCACUUCUAUGCACGGCCAUCUACCAGACCUUCCGUCAUCAACUCACUCUCUUCCAUGCCAUAUGUGUGAUUCAUCUUCUUGCGCUGCUAGGGAUCAGCGUUGUCUCGCAGGGCCAAUAUCAAGGUCUUGGUCCACGGCGGGUCUUCACAAUCAUAGCCAUUACAGUAAUAUCAGGUGCCGCCUUCGUCGCCUUCAACGCCUAUGUAUGGGCUACUGCUCCAACCUUCGGCAGCCAACCCGACUGCAACUCCUCCACAGUCUACGUCGUCUUCGGGGUCAGUAUCCCCGCCACCGGCCCUGUAUUCCGCUGGCUCAUCAUCGCCACCCUAUCCAUCAUCCCCGUCGGCUUCCUCAUCGGGCUCACCUGUGCUGCGCCCUGUAUAGGCCUCCUCUGCUACUUAAAGCGCAAGCAUGACCUCGGGCCCAUGUCGACUUGGGAGACUACGCCCAACCCCAGCCAAGUUGAAAACCCUCGCGUUAGUCAGUGGGUCGGUAUGCUUUCAAUGGUGGGGUUUAGUAUUUAUGCUGUUGUUUCGCUGGAGCAAACGAUCUCGAGGAAUAAUAUUGGCGAGCAAGAGCGCGAGUGGACGUUUGGGCAGAUUCUACCUGUGUUUGUCUUACUGGGUGUUGUGAAUGAAUUGACUAAUAUGUUUUUGGCGCAUUUGGAUAGGAAGGCGGCUGGGGUGGCGACUGCUGGGAGGAGUGGGAAUAGGGGCUCGGGGGAUAGUGCAAGAGAGGGCACUGAGCUUAUUUCUUCUGCAUGA